GCGUAAAGAAAAAAAGUUCGGCGGCGCUAGCAGACUGCCGCUGGUCACCUUUCACCAGCGAAGUAGGGAGAAUUUUUUAGGGGGGCUAUUUAAAGAAAACACUGUACCGAGCUCGUCAAAGAACUGAAGUACUCCUUCGUACGGCGGACAGAGGGAGACUGUAAUGACCCGCUGCGUUUGUCAGAGACGGAAGAUGCGGGGAAAUGAUAUCGUGCGCGCGGAAGUUUGUGUUUACUUACGCCGUGGUAGCUAGCGUGUUGGCCCUGUUAGCCUGUUAGCGAGAAAGGUGCGCUGUGUCUGGACGGGUUAAUAGCAACACUUACAAGUCAGCCCAGCUACGUUAAACAGUAGAAACAUACUGUAUAUAUCCUGAAGCUAACAACGAGCUGGUGGCAGAUGCUGGGGAUUGCUCAAACUCUUGAAACAUUGGUGCGGGCCACGAGCCGUGAACUCUGCGUGCGCGUGUCAACACGCAGGCAGAAGUUAUUUACAAAGAGGGCACUUUAAGCCCUAAUCUCAAACGUAUAGACCUGCAAAACGUGAUUUAAAUAUUAACUGCCGCCCUCAGUGCGGUUACGAAUGACAUAUCAGGCUUGCGUCCCUGUGCGUGAAAACCAUCCUCCUCAUCGGACCUAGUACAUCGUCCUCGUCCGCAAUGGGGCCCCUGUUUAGCCAGUGAGACCCGUAAAAGCGAUCUGGAGCCCGUUAGCCAUGGGGGGAUGUAUGGGCAGAUACUUGGAAGGCUGGGAAGACUCGCAGAGUCGGGGCUCCUCCAGGAACGGUGGACGAGGAGGGCGUAACGAGCCUCUGAAAAAAGAUCGUCCCAAAUGGAAGAGUGACUACCCGAUGACGGAGGGCCAGCUACGGAGCAAGCGGGAUGAGUUUUGGGACACGGCGCCGGCCUUCGAGGGCCGCAAGGAAAUCUGGGAUGCUCUGAAAGCAGCCGCUGUGGCCUUGGAGUGUAACGACCAUGAAUUAGCUCAGGCUAUAGUGGAUGGAGCCAGCAUCACACUGCCACACGGUACCCUGACAGAGUGUUACGAUGAACUUGGGAACCGCUACCAGCUGCCCGUCUACUGCCUGGCACCACCCAUCAACCUCAUCUCAGAGCGUAGUGACGAAGACCCCAGUGACAGCCCUGAACCCCCAGCAGCAUCCAAGAAGGAAUUCCAGCUCAAGGUGCGGCUGUCCACAGGAAAGGACUUGCGUCUCAGCGUCAGCAUGGUUGACACCAUAGGCCAGCUGAAGAAGCAACUGCAAGUCCAGGAAGACAUCGACGCCGUUCACCAGCGCUGGUUCUUCUCCGGGAAGCUGCUCACGGACAAGACACGGCUGCAAGACACUAAGAUCCAGAAGGACUUUGUGAUCCAGGUCAUCGUCAACCCACAGGCACUCCAAGCCCCCAAACCAUCACCGCCGACAACCACCGGCUCCUCACCUGUGCCCGAGUAACCGAGGACCAUCAGAGGAGCGAUGCAGUCUGUGAUGGACCAGAGGUGCCUCCCAAUGCUGGAUAACUUAUUCUUCUUGACAAAAGCUACUGUUACUGAAAGAGAAAUAAACUGUGAGGGUGAAACAAACAAAAACAGACAAAGAAGAAACUGAAAAGUGCUGCUUUUUUUCCCCCUUUUUUCUAAAUGUCCCUGUGUGUGCACGUGUGUGUUUUUUUUGGGGGGAUCUGCUGAGUCGUUCCAGUCAUCACACUAACCAGAGAUGCCUGUCAUCGUUGCAUAUUAAAGCAGAGCUCCUCGCGCUGGUGUGCAAGCCUUUUCUCAGUGCACAGAACGUGCACAUCAGAGCUGCACAUGCAGACUCUGCCUUUGCCCUUUAGCCUGCUAACACAGUGCCAACAGAGGAACUGCAGAGGCGUUGGUUCUAGAGCAUAUUUCUGCUAUGACACCUAUAAACUCAGCACUGUUGCUCUCUUUCUCCUCCACAGAAACAGGAAAGGAAAGCAGUAAAAAAGAAACGUGCUGAAUAUUCUUCUUCUUUUUCCUUUCCCUUACUGAGGAAAUAAAGUCAACUGGGCUUUUUUUUGCACAUUUAAA